ACUGAGAACCGGUUAAUUUGAAUAUAUUUUGUCGAAAGGUUGGAUUGCAGGCGCUACUGAAAGAAACAAUUCUCCAAUAAUCUUUGUGCUGACAUACCAAUCAGAAAUACGUGGCACUAUGGCCUUUGAUGGGCGGGUCGUAAAGACCUAUGGACGCCUCAAACAGAAGACAAUAAAACAAGACAACUGGAUUUCACCAAACCUCUUAGCAGGACGACGCAAGAUAUCCAACGUUUUCAGCUCACCCGAUAAUGAUUCAAAUGCCUCCUCAGAUGCCGCUGCAAUAAAUGUGUCAGAGAAAGAAAACAUUCUUCCUGCUGAUGUUGUUGAAAGUAAGAAACCACAGAGAAAAGCAGCAAAGAAAGCCAAUGCCGCACUUGAGGGAUAUGCCAAGGAAGAUAAUGAUGGAAAUACAGAUGCAUCCAAAGAAAAGAAUUCAAAAGGGAACAAAACUGGAAAGGACAGACAGUUCUCUAAACUGAGCCGGCAGUACAAGAAAGUCAAAGCAAACAGCAUAGAGGAAGAGGAGGAGAAAGACCUUGAUGUGUUAGAAAAUAACAUGAAAACUGGAAGGAUAUUGAGAGGGAAAGUGGGAGUUAAGGCACCCAAUUCUUCAUUUGAUUUGAUCUUCAAUAUCGCAAAAGAGAAGAAAACUAGUAGCAGUAGUGAUGAUGCGACCAGUCCCAUCUUGAAUGAAGAGAUAGUGGAUGGGUUAACACUUGGUAGUGGGAUGGUGGAGACCAGUACACCAUGUGAAGCGCAUCAACGUAGCCUCGGUCAAUCUCUUGGUAACAGAGGCUGCAUCACAAGACGCAGAGCUAAGCGUGAUGUCCCAUUCUCGCCAGGCAGUCAUGGACGUCGACGUGCGAAACGUCAGAGGGUUGUCGUUCCUCAGAUCUUAAGCUUCAGUGAUGAUGAUUCAUUUCUCUUCGCACCAAGAAGGUUAAGGACUAGGCAGCAUGAUCAGGUGGCAGAGGUGGCAUCUCGUCUUUCUGCUAUCCAUCUAGAUGAGUCUUCGGUGGAUGAUUCCUAUGAGCUUUGCAGGACUCGCGAAUGCAGUGUGAAGCUGAGCAGGAUAUCCAAUGAAUCCAUAGAAGAGCUCGGACAUGGUUCCAUGGACCUGUUUGAUGAUGAGGACCAUGAUCGGGAACAAGAUCUAGACCAGGAUCCAGAACAGGACCAAGGUGCAGAUUUUAAGAGUGGGGUCAGACUCCGUUCUUGUCAAGUUUCUUUGGAAAGGAUAUCGCUUAGUUCUGGCAUUUGUUCUGAUGCAGCAGAAGUAUCAGGAGACCAUGAAUCACUGUGCCAGUCAAAGAACAAUCAUCGGCGCUUCCCUCGAGAAAGGAAAGAUACCAUGUUAGAUGAACCAAAAAGUAUCAAGACACCUUUAGUCAAUAAAAGUAUCAGCAGGCUUGCUCUUGACAGCUUCAAGGUUGCCCUUACGCCGACUAGGAACAGGAAGACCGGCAAGCUGCUGUCCCCUAAAUGUAAGGUGCUCGCCCAGUGCGACCAGGAAGAUUUCAUCACCUUCUCAGCUUGCAUACCGUCAGCCAUGAUGAAGAAGUGUGUCAAGAUUGGUGAAGGGGUCUAUGGUGAGGUCUUCAGGACCACCAACAGUAGGAAGUCUGUUGCUCUCAAGAUCAUACCUGUUGAAGGGGACUUCCCUGUGAAUGAAGAAAGUCAGAAACCAUUUGAAGAGAUCCUCCCUGAAAUUGUUAUUUCAUGGGAGCUAAGUGUACUUCGAGAAGGUGAGGAUACCAUGACAACAAACUUCAUUGGAGUCAAUCGUGUGUCAUGUGUCAAGGGGUCAUACCCUAAGAAGCUUCUUGAUGAGUGGGACAAAUAUGACGACAGGAAGACCUCGGAGAAUGAUAGACCUGAUAUAUUUCCAAGUGAUCAGUUGUUCAUCGUCUUUGAGUUUGCCGAUGGAGGCAAAGAUCUUGAGAGCUUUGAGUUUGAGAACAUCUACCAGGCAGUUAGUGUGAUAAGACAGGUGACCGGAGCCUUGGCUGUAGCCGAGAGAGAGCUGGAGUUUGAGCAUCGUGACCUGCAUUGGGGCAAUGUGCUGGUUGGAGACACCAAGGAUGAUCAGGUGACCUUUAUGCUAGAUGGUCAGGUGAUCUCUGUAGAGUCACAUGGUUUGCACAUCAGCAUCAUUGAUUUCACCCUGUCAAGAUUACAGAAAGAUGAGUGCACUGUAUUCUGUGAUCUCGCCGAAGAUCCUACUCUGUUCACUGGAGAGGGCGACAAACAGUUUGAUGUUUAUCGAUCUAUGAAAGAACACAACAACAACAAAUGGGAAGGAUUCCAACCCAAGACCAAUGUCUUCUGGAUAGAGUAUCUCCUGGAUAAGGUGAUCUGGGAAAAGAAAUACCCUUCAGACCGGAGCCAGCGGAAAGUCCUAGGCCAACUCAAAACCCUGGUCAGGGAAAUUCAAGAGUAUUCCAGUGCAGAAGAUGUGCUAAAGAACAGUGACCUGUUGAGUAUAGGGUGAUUAUCAUCAUCAAGAGAUUUAGCUAGUAUAAUCUUUGAGGUCAUAGACCAACUCAACCCUGGUGAGAGAGAUCCGAGACUAGUAUUCCAGCGUAGAGGAUUACUUAAAAACUGUGAUCUGUUGAGUAUAGGGUGAUUAUCAUCAUCUAGAGACUUAGCUAGUACAUUCUUUGAGGUCUUAGACCAACUCAACCCUGGAAAGAGAGAUCCAAGUCUAGUAUUCCAGUGCAGAGGAUUACUUCAAGAACUGUGAUCUGUUGAGUAUAGGGUGAUUAUCAUCAUCAAGAGAUUUAGCUAGUAUAAUCUUUGAUGUCGUAGACCAACUCAACCCUGGAAAGAGAGAUCCAAGUCUAGUAUUCCAGUGCAGAGGAUUACUUCAAGAACUGUGAUCUGUUGAGUAUAGGGUGAUUAUCAUCAUCAAGAGAUUUAGCUAGUAUAAUCUUUGAGGUCGUAGACCAACUCAACCCUGGUGAGAGAGAUCCGAGACUAGUAUUCCAGCGUAGAGGAUUACUUAAGAACAGUGAUCUGUUGAGUUUACGGUGAUUAUCAUCAUCUAGACAUUGAGCUAGUACAAUGUUUGAGGUCUUAGGCCAACGCAACCCUUGCAAGAGAGAUCCAAGACUAGUAUUCCAGUGUAGAGGAUUAGUAAAGAACUUUAGAGACCCCCGGCCUGUUUAGAGUUAAUUAAAUUUUCAGCAUACUGAUUCAUUAUAAACAAGCAAGGCGCGAUUUUAAAUUGAUAUUUAAUUAUCGGAGAGGUUUUUGAUUCAGCCGGCAUUGCAUUAUUACUUGUGUUGAUUGCACUGUGCUCGCAGUGGACCCUGAUAAAGUGUCUGCGCCGUUGUAUCACUAGACUAGGGCUGGCUGCCUGCCAAACAAUCAACAUAUCAGAAAAUUUAGGUGAAAAUUUUCAUAAGUUAUUCACUUUUUUUCUUUUUUUUCUCAUAUUAUGUGAUGUUGAAUAAUACAGGUGGAAGGAUAUAAAAAAUAGAUAAACAAUGGCUCAUCCUCUGAACAAACUAAAACUAUUCACACUUGGGAACACCAUUCUUCUCUUGAGCCAUUUGCCCUUGGGAGAAGGGUACUAUUGAUGUUCCUUUGAUGUGAAUAGUUUUAGCCAGAUCCUCAAGCAUCAUGGUAUAUUUGCACACCCAUGGUAGUAGUGCUCAUUGGCCAAUCAAAUUCAAGUAUUCCUUGAAAGUUAGCAUUGAAUGGCAAAGUUGCUUCACUUUAAUUAGACCAUAUUUCAAUUCUUUUAUUUCAUUUCCACUCAAAACAUAAUACAAAGUAAUAUCAAGCAAUACAAAUCAAGUACAAUUU